AUGAGCAUAGCACUCUUCGUACUACAAGCUGAUGUCAAUAACUGCACAUACUCAACAAAUGAAUAUGCGCAUACAGUGGCUGUAAUGCAAACACGUCUCGAGGACUAUAUGAGAAAUAUCGAUUGGCUUGAUGGCAAGCUAUUUCCACCUGCCAAUGAGUUAGAGCUUUGCCUGGAUAAACUGCACUCCAUCCGCUACCACGCCGCUGAGGAGAAGAAGGUGAAGCUAUCACGAUCCCAAUCCGAUGGACUCCCAAAGACCACCACCACCAUCACCCCCACCACCACCACCACAACUGCCGCCGGCUCCAAGUGUCCUGUUUAUUUGCGAUUAUUUAAUAAGAAUAGUAUUAGUAGAUUGCUGGUUCAAUGGGAGCAUGAUAAGAUCAUUAAUAUCAUAGAGCGUAGUGGUUUUACAGUCACCUAUUCUCACGCAGUGGAUUUACUGGCUGAACGCAAUUGGACUCUAAAAUCAGUAGAUUGUCUGCGUUUCUUUUGCCUUCCCCAUUGCUCAACACCAAUCAUCCUCAUCUCUAUAUUUGGUGUAACUAUACCAGCUCGUUUCGUAAUACGUCUAGCUGGUUUUCUGCUGAAACGGCUCGUAAACACCCUUUACCUACGCUUUUGCCCUUGGUUAUUCCUCCAAUGA